AGAUAAGUGACCACCGCUUUGGCCAAUGAAAUGCAAGUGGAAGUGACGUGCCAUGUGUGGAAGCUCUAUGAGCCUGCAUGCAGUUUGAGUUUGCCGUAUUUUCUGGUUUUGCUCUGUCACUGAAACUGCUCCGUCAGCAUGGGUCCUGGAGUUCUGGGGAGAGGGCACCAAACCAGCCUGAGACAGACAUGAACACAUGUGCACCAAGUCGUCUUGAAAGCUACCAUAAAAAUGAGUCUUGGAGUCUCAAGAGCACUGAGUAUUUUAUUCUGUAUGUCAACUUUUGUCAGAGUAAGUCAUCAGCUCACAGGCAUUCAAUGGAUGGACACAUUCAGUGUCAUAAAAUUAGACAACAUUUGUUUAACUUGGCAGAGAUCAUUGCUUUCAGUGAUAGAGCAGAAGAAUUUAAGAAACUCAAUUGCCAAGCGAUUGGAGCUUCUGUGCAUUCAUACUUCGGUCAUCUGGCAUGGUUCAGCACACCCAAGAAACAAGGAGGAUUAGGACCUAUGAACAUUCCCUUGGUAUCAGAUUCCAAGCAUACCAUUGCUCAGGAUUAUGGAGUCUUGAAGGCUGAUGAAGAAGAGAAUCAUAGGACAAGUCUCUUUCAAGAGUUUGGCUCUGCAUCGGCUUGUUUGGCACUAGACCUUGAAGCUUGCAUUGCUAACAAAGCAUCUGGUAAAUGUGAAGCAUAUCUGUGACAAGUGCCCACAAAGUCCAGAGAGGGCAACAUAUCCUCCAGAUCUGGAAUUAGAGACAGGAGUGAACUGCCACGUGAACUGGAAACUAAACCAAGGUCCUCUGGAGGAACAGCCAGUGCUCUUAACAACUAAACCACCAUGGUAUUAACUAGUUUAAUUGUGUGACCGUCUCCCUCAAAAUUAUCUUUUUAAUUUUUUAAUAUACUCUCCGUCCACAUGGCUUCAAUUAUCCCUUCUCUAUUGAUAGUUGAUGGGUGUCUCAUCUCCAAGCAUUUGCCCCAUGCUUCUAGACUUUGUGUCGCUUUGCCCUGAUGAACAACUUCACUGCAUUGUUCUGCCAUCCCACCUUUUCAACCACAUUAAUCUAAGACAUAACUCUAGAAUAUCCCAGAGUCCUUCUUAACCAUUCUGCUCACAUAUCAGUUGAAUAUGGCUUGUUGUUCUUAUAGCCAUUCUUUUUAUUUGUGUCCGUGCUUUAAUGAAAAGUCUCACAUUUUGAUGGAACACCUUCUGUACUAUUUUUUAAAGUACAUGUUAUAAAAAGAAAGAUCAGGAGGGAAAGAAAAAGUGAAGGAAGAGGGAAAGGAGGACAAGGAGGAUGAGAAGGAGAAGAAGAAUUUUGUAAAUGUGCCACAAUUUCUGUAUCCAUUCUUCCAUUGAGGGACAUCUAGGUUGUUUCUGGAUUCUGGGUGUUAUGAAUAAUGCUGCUAUGAACAUAAUUAAGCAUAUGUCCUUGUUGAAUGGGUGGAGAAUCUUUUUGGGUACACUACCCAGCUAUUAAAAACAAGGAAAUCGUGAAAUUUGCAGACAAAUGGAUGGAACUAGAAAAGAUCAUCUUGAAUGAGGUAACCCAGAAACAGAAAGCUACACAUGAUAUAUACUCAUUUAUAUGCGGAUAUUAACUAUAUAAUAUAGGAUAAACAUGUUAAAAUCUACAGACCUAAAAAAGCUAAACAACAAGACUCUAGGGAAUAUGCUUAAUUCUCAUUAGGCAAACAGGAUAGACCCAGAAGUGGGGGAAGAGAAGGAACAGGACAAGGGCCUACCAUAGAUGUCCUCUGAAAGAUUCCACCCAAGAGGGGAGUGAAGAAGAUGCAGAAACUCACAGCUAAACUUUGGCAGAGUGCAGGGAGUCUUAUGGGAGAAGGGGGCAAGAUGAUAGAAGGACACAAAGCAAAGGAGACUAACAAAGCCAAAAAUUCUGGGCCCAGUGGGGCCUCAGGAGACUAAUGCUCCAACCAAGGACCAUGCAUGGAGAGGACCUAGACCCCUGUUCAGAUGUAGCCCAUAGGCAAUUCCGUCUCAUGUGGGUACCCAAGUUACGGGAGCAGUGUUCAUCUCUGACAUGAACUUGGCUGCCUACUCUUUGAUUACUUCCCCCUGGUGGUGUGGCCUUGCCAAAACAAAAAGGAAGAGGAUCUAGGGAGUCCUGAUGAGACUUGAUAAGCUAGGGUCAGAUGGUAGGGGAGGAGGUCUCCCCUUUUCAAUGGACUAGAGGAAAGGGAUGGGAGGGGGGAGGAGGUAUGUAGGGUGGGGCCGAGAGGAAAUGAGGGAGUUGGUUACAAUCUGGAUAUAAAAUGAAUAAAUUGUAGAAAAUAAUUAAUUAAAAACCGACAAAGAUGUUCUGUAAUCCAGUUUGAAAAUCUUUAUAAAGUCCUCUACACUAAGGAGUGGAUUCAUUAUACUUUGACACAUUUAGUAUUUAGUGUCAGAGUAUACUAAUGACACUAACUGUGACCACAGAGCAAGAAUUCUGUGUGUUCCCUUUAACCAAAUAUCCAGUUUACUAAGCUGUGAAACUCAGUGUUCACUCAGGCACCCCAUGCAAGAUUCCUUAACUAUAAAGGGAAGCAGGAUGUAAGGAAGAAGGCAUAUGGUAGUAGUAAUAAUAAUAAUAAUAAAAUCAUGGUAUUGAUUGCUCCAGCCAAUUAAUUACAAAUGACACUGGACCCUGGAUCCACUGGUAAAGGACAAGAGGGAAAUCCAUCUAAUUAACCUGCUGGCACUAAAAUUUGCGAAAGAUAAUAAAGCCAGUACUCCCGGCCAGUUACGUUUGUAAUUGGCAGAAGCAAGAUUUUAAGCCUGAUACCUAGGGCUAAAGACCUUCCACUACAUCAAGUUGCCUCAUGAAGUCAAAAUGUCUUCUCUGUGUACUGAUUGCAAGUCAAAUGAGAAUUUGAAAGGUCCUCUCCACCAAACAUUCAGUGGUUCUGAAUGACAAAUAACAUAUUAAUAUUGUUUUCUCUUUGGUCCCACAUAAUAUGUUGAUGAAAGGUAUAGGAAUAGUGUGAGGUGAUCUAUGCUUAUAGAAUUUUUAAUGUCAUCAAGCUCCUUCCUAAACAGCAUAAAUCACAGAGUUCAUCUGCCGUUUGAACUCCCAAGUGAAAUCAAUUUUGAGGCCCUUGUAAUUUAAGAUGUAAAGACUUCACUUAAAGAGCUGUGAAGUAUGGUACAAGGAGGGCCUGGGAGAAGCAAAGCCUUAACAUUCUUAAAGAGUGAAAGUAGAUGUGUUCAAUUCACGCAACCUUAUAGUUGAGGACAAAAGAGUGCUGUAUGUAUUAAUCACCAGAAAUACUGAAGAAUCAGGAAAGUGUGUGCUGAAGGACUAGAAAAGAAGUACUCUUUUAUAACCUGCAGAGAGUCUACAGGGAGCUUCCAAACAUUUUCCAUAUUACAAUCAACCGACAAUUUGAACAGAAACAGAAGUUGGUGAGGUGUGCAGUCACAAAUGAUACAUUGUUUGAAUAGUUGCUGUUCAUAUUAUGGACUUCUAUAUGCUCAUUAAAAGAAAAGUGAAAAUGAAUCACAGGAGCAAACAUUUAAAAUCAAUCACCUGGUUGGAAGAUGUAAAUCGAUGAUAAAUGAUUCAAACUUUGCUUUAAAUGUUUGUAUAUAUGAGUGUCAAUGCAUUUUCCAAAAAGUUUACUUACUGAUGAUGAGACUGUGUGUGAAUUUUUUAAAUUCUUUUUAUUUAAGAGGGUUUUGUAAGUUUUCUAUCAAAAGAUAGUCUUUUGUUUAUCUAAAUAUAUAUUAACUGGAGCAUUGAAAUAUAUAGUAAGAAGUGGGAAAUAGUAAGAGCUGGAGGGGACAGGAACUCCACAAGCAGAGCAACAGAACAAGAUAAUUUGAACACAGGGAACUUCCCAGAGACUCAUACUCCAACCAAGGACUAUUCGUGGAGAUAACCUAGAACUCCUGCACAGGUGUAGCCCAUGGCAGUUCAGUGUCCAAGUGAGUUACAUAGUAAUGGGAAGAGGGACUGCCUCUGACAUAAUCUGAUUGGCCUGCUCGUUGAUCACUUCCCCCUGAGGGGGGAGCAGCCGUACCAGGCCACAGUAGAGGACAAUGCAGCCACUCCUGAUGAGAUCUGAUAGACUAAGAUCAGAAAGAAGAGGAGAACCUCCCCUAUCAGUGGACUUGGGGAGUGGCAUGC